AUUUGUUUGAGUAUCCAUUUGGGCAUUCAUAUAUGAAUGCAAACAUAGACAUACAUGAGCAUAUACAUGCAUACAUGCAUGCACACAUGAGCAUUCAUGCAUGCACACAUGCGCAUUCAUGCAUGCACACAUGCGCAUUCAUGCAUGCACACAUGCGCAUUCAUACAUGCAUGCGCAUAAAGGCAUUCAUUCAUAAAUGCAUAUACAUGCAUUCAUCCAUUCAUGAUCCCAUAUGUCCGAGUGAUGCUUAUCCGUCUCGGAUAAGGUUCCAUCUUUUAGUUGUACUCAUCAUUAGAUUCCUUGCCAUAUUGUUGUGUUUGAUGAGUACCGGGUAUUGAUUUGAGUCAAGGGCACCACAUCAUCACGCCGAUAACUCUCGAGUUUAGUUACUUGUGUUGAGGCGUGAAGUUAUCUCCUGCUUCCCAAAUGGCCAAUGGGGAGGGUGGAGAUCAAGAUUUGUUGUUGGCUUGUUAGAGCAAUGAUGAUUACUCAUUCCCUGUGAAGUGAAUCUGAUUAUUAUACCUUUGUAAUUGUUAGUCGUGUAUUUGAGAUUGAUUUUCUUGUUAUUGUUGUUGAUGCUAAUGCUGCUACCUAUUUUGUGUUUAAAUUGGUGUGCAAAAUGUGGUCCUUGUUUAGAUUGUUCAGUUUGAUAUAAAUUGUCAUUCUAGAGUGACAUUUGUUUUGUCUUCAGCCUGACUUUUAAAGUAUUUAACCAGUUUUGUGACAGCUAUCCAGUUGUUUCCUUGUUAGAAAUCCUUGUUGGUUUACUUGCAUCUAGUUACCUUCAAAGGGUCCAGCCAUGAAACCUGUAGAGCUAUGAUGCCCCUCUUCUAGAGCUUGCCUUGUUUGUGGAUUAUUAUUGGGAAUCAGCAAAUGAAAUGGUGCAAAACCC